AAACCCCAAUGGUUUCAUCUUCUUCUUCUCUAUCACACGCAUGUACCUUUGUCUGCAUCACAUCUACUUGAUCGUUGCAGAUCACAUACCUGGCUGAAAAGCCCCCUCAAUAAUUCACUAUCUCUCUCUCUCUCUUGUUACAAUUCUGUUAACAACUUUGACGUCACCAUUUGAAUUCUUAUCCAAUUCCAUUUCUUAACAGAUCUUUUUUUUCUUUUUCUCUUUCUCAUUCCUUCAAGAUUCUUGAUUCUCCCACCACUUCCUUCUUUUUCUCACUUGUUAUAGUUUUUGCUCUGUUUUCAAAAAAAAUAAAGUUGGUUCCUUUCUCAUUUAUUUUUCCCGGGAAAGUGAGAGAGCUCUGAGUUUGCUUAAAGGGUUUAUAACCAUGUUUGAGAUUAUUCCGGGUAGCAAGUAAAGUUUCCAUUUUUAAUCUUCUUCUUCGAUUCUCUGUGUUAGUUAUAUGGAUAAACAACUAGGGUUGAGCAAAAGAGGCUAUUUUGAUUUCGCUCUCAAGAACAAAAAGUGGAUUUUGUUAGCAGUGAGUGGUUAUGGUGCUUUCAGGGUUUAUCAUUCUCCUUCAAUUUCCCAGAAACGGAAACGUAUCUCCAAGCUUUUCGCUCUUCUCCUCAACCUCGUCGAAGCUGCUUCUGAUUCCGCCGAAGCCGUUAGCGUCAUCUCUAAGGAUCUCACUGAGUUUCUCAGAUCCGAUUCGGAUCAAAUCCCCAACAGUUUGAAACAGGUUUCCAAAAUCGCCAAGUCCGAUGAGCUCAACUCGUCUUUGAUCAGAUUCACACAAGCUAUCACCGUUGGGUUGAUCAGAGGGAUUGAUUCUGGUAAUGAUGGAUCCGGGUCGGGUUUUACUGAUCGGGUUAUGGAUAAGCUGUUUACUAAAUCCGGGUCGGGUUUCGCUUCCGCGAUCGUUGGUAGCUUUGCGAAGAACUUGGUCGUCGCGUUUUAUUCUUCAUCCGGCGGCGGAGAAUCUUCGGUGUUUUCGAGUUUGAAACUUCUCGACGCGAUUUGUUCCGAUGACGGGAGGAGAUUGAUCGGCGAUUGCGUUCAGCGUUUCGUCAGCACCGCGGUUUCGGUUUAUCUCGACAAGACGAGCGAUGUCAACGUUUUCGACGAUUUGUUCGCCGGUUUAACCAAUCCGAAACACGGAGACAAGGUUAAGCAAACGCUAGUAACGGUCUGUAAUAACGCGGUCGAAACGUUUGUGAAAGCGUCGCGAAAACCGCGGUGUCAAGAUUCGUCAACGGUGAUGACCGUUGGAUCAACGAAACAGGCGACGUGGAUAGAUCGGGUAUCGUCGUCGUUAUCGGUACCGAGUAACCGGAAAUACGUGGUGGAUUUAACCGGGAGGGUAACGUUUGAGACGGUUAGAUCGUUGUUAGAGGUGUUGAUCGAAAGGGCUAAUGGUAAAGUGGAGAGUUAUGUGGAGAAAGUGAGAGAGAGAGGGAACGAGACGAGGAGAUUUGUGAGAGUCAAAACAUCACUUCUUCAUAGUUUAUGUUUGUCUUUGUGUUUACAGAUUGUUGAAGCUCCAUGGAUCCUGACUCCAAGAAACUGAUUUUACACAAUUUUCAGGCUAAAAGACAAGAAACACUUUUGUGUGUUUCUUUGUUUUUAAUUCUUGGAUUCAUCAAUCAAAAAUUUGAUGUAAAAUUGUUUUUUUUUUUUUUUUUUCUUA